UUCCACUCUGUGUUUGGAACCUGGAGAGGCCGUUCCAUUUAUUUGGAGAGCUGCUUCAUUCUUCCCUUCCUGGCUUCAGAAACUAUAACAUCACCAUGAAGCUGCUGACUCUGUGUGCACUUCUCUGUGCAAUGAUGGCUGUAACCACUGCUGGUGCCAAGAGUCACCUGGUCAAGAGGUGCGUUUUUUGUCCUGAUGGUUGGAAUCAACCCCGAUGUCCUUACGGUUGGACUCAAGUUGGUUUUCGCUGCUUUUUCUACAAUCAAAACCCCAUGAGUUGGGAUUCUGCUAAGAGACACUGCUGGGACUUGGGGGCAAACCUUGCAUCAGUGCACACUAACUGGGAGCACCAAAGGAUCAUUCAGCUGUUUGGCAACAUGCGAGUUUGGAUUGGAGGCAGCAAAGGACUCAAGGGUACUUGGUUUUGGAGUGAUGGGACCAGUUUCUCCUUUUCACAUUGGUGCUGGGGAGAGCCCAGUAAUGCUUACUAUGAGAAGUGUCUGCUGAUGAGUUCUCGAGAUUCAAAUUGCUGGCUUGAUGCAUGGUGUGGAUAUCAUCUGCCAUCUCUCUGUGCCAAGAAUAUCAUCUAAUGGCAGCAUUGGACUGACACUCAAGCACAAAACUCCCAUAAAGCACAUACUGAUGUAUGAUGGUGUUUGCUCUUUUUUGCGGCAUUAAAGCUUCAAGCAAACAUGCCCAUCUUCUUUUGUGGCAUAUACACAUAUUUUAAGCAGUUAUCUGCUCUACCUGUAUGCAUGUACAAGUUAUCUUUACCAGUUUCCAGACCAUUACACCUCAGAUGUGUUGUACAAUUUGUAUUUACUCCCUGAUGUUUAAAUGUGCUGCCAGAUUAGGUGAGCAUGCUAUGAUAAUUUCAACUUUUUUUAAACUACUUUGUGUCUUUCUGCCAACAGUAUUCUUAGUACUCUCUUUGUAUACAGUAAAGUAAGCGGAAACUAAGAUUUUUCUCUACAUGACAAUUACAAUACAAGGAAACAUAUCUGUAGCUUGCUCUGCAUGUACUCAUCUCUAAGCACAGAAAAAAUGACAGAAAUGAGGCCUAAAUCCUUGAUAGUAAGCAUAAUAAAACACAAUAAAAAUCUAAUGACUUAUUGAUGAUUAUACUAGGUUGGAUCCUGGAUUAAUGAUUAUUUUCAGUUUCUUUCUGGCCACAUUCCUUUAGUUUAGCAUUAUUCUAUAUUUUCCUUGCAUUCUUAUUAUUCCUAUACUGAUAACAUUCAGCUAUAUAUGC